AUGGAGGUUGCCGUUGAAAGCGGUGUUCCCCAAUGCUCAGUUCUUGGUCCUACUUUGUUCAUCAUUUACGUCAACGAUUGCGUGAGUGGACUGGAUUGUGGUGUCACCAUGUUUGCGGAUAACAUUAAAAUCUGGAGCGUCAUUCGAACUGCAGAUGACGAGGAGCAUUUGCAGGCGAACCUAAACCGACUCCACCAGUGGUCAAAGACCUGGCUUCUGCCGUUCAAGGAGAAAAAGUGCAAUAUUCUACGAGUCGGCAGAGCUCGCUCUCCGAACCAUAUGGCCUACUCCCUAAAUGGUAUACCACUGCCAGAAGUGGACUCGCAGAAGGACUUGGUAGUGUGGAUUACGACCUCGCUCAAACCCUCUCUGCACUACACGAAGUCUGCAAUGUCAGUCCUCUACUUUGUCAAGCGGGCUUUCUCCGACGUUGAUGAAGACUGCUUCGCUAAAGUCUUCCGAACGUUUGUGCGUCCGCAACUAGAAUUUGCUAUCCAAGCUUGCAGACCCUGGACCGCGAAGGACCUCAGCAUCCCUGAAAGGGUUCAAAGGCGUGCAACGAAACUUGUGGCAGGACAGGGUUCACUACCAUUUGCAACCGGUUAG